CGUUGGUCACACAGCGGAAAAAUGUCGAAGGCGCGCGUCGCUCGCGUUUCUUGAGUUCCCGAUCGCCGAGUUUCGUUUCCCUGGAAAAUCAAAUUGCAACAAGUGUCGAGAUUGUUAUUGUCGUUUUUCAUUACCGUAUCGAUCGAUUCUCAUCGAAGUCGCAGCCCGUGAAAAGUGAGCUGUGUUUUUUAAAUUCGAGAUUUCUCCGUAAUAUUCGCAUUCCCUUGCGCACUUGGCUCUCUUUCGACGCCGACGUCGACUGCGCAGCCGCCGCGACGCGAAAUGUGCAACAACAAGUUAAACAGCAACUACAUGCCAACAGCAACACCAACACAACGACAAAGUUAACCAAUAUUUAAUUGCUGGCUUAAUUUAAUUAGCAGCCCCAAAGUGCAGUGAAAAAAUACGCAAAUAGCGAGCGAAAGCUGUUGUUUUUGCAUUCCCACCUGAUUACAAAGCUGGAUAAAUUGGAUUAAACCGGGCGACAAGGAAAGAGAUAGCCAGGGCCCCCAGCAAAACGAAACACAAACGACGUCACACUGGAGUCACAACACGAUCGAUUCUCCCAGAACUGAGACGAGACAUUCCCCCACCCCGAAUACAACCUGUGCAGUAUGUCACAUGACAAGAAGAUGUUGGAUCGCGAGGCAGUUCGUUCAGUGAUACAGCAAUGGAAUGCCAAUCGAUUGGAUCUGUUUGCGCUCUCCGAGCCCGACGAGAACCUGCUCUUCCAUGGCGUUAUGCGCUUCUACUUCCAAGAUGCUGGUCAGAAAGUGGCCACCAAAUGCAUUCGCGUUGCUUCCGAUGCCACCGUCACAGAUGUCAUAGACACACUCAUUGAGAAAUUCCGUCCCGAUAUGCGGAUGCUAUCCGUGCCGAACUAUGCCCUCUACGAAGUGCAUGCCAAUGGCGAGGAGCGUCGACUGAACGCCGAUGAGAAACCACUGCUGGUGCAGCUCAACUGGCACAUCGACGAUCGCGAGGGUCGCUUCCUGCUCAAGAACAUAGACCAGAAGACCACACCCAUUGAGCAGACGGAUCUGAACUUCAAGAGAAAACUCUCGAAACGUGAGAAAAAGGAGCAGAAGAAAAAGGAAAAGAUGGCCAAGCUGAGCUCCGAUCCGCCUACCUCCAAUGGCAGUCAUUUGGGCUUGGGCAAUGGAAUUGGAGGAUCUUCGGGAUCAGCCCACAUGAAUGGUAACGCCGGAGGGAGCGGAGGCGAUGGCAGCGAUGCCGUGGCCGGGAAACUGUACACCGAACUGCCAGAAACCUCGUUCACACGAUCGAUCUCAAACCCGGAGGCCGUGAUGCGGCGACGGCGACAGCAGAAACUCGAGAAGAAACUGCAGCAGUUCCGUUCAAGAGAUGGUGGUCCGGAUACCGGCGGCACCUUAAAGAUCUACGGCGAAAGCCUGUGCCAGGAUGUGCCCUACAAGACGCUGCUGCUUUCUAUCCGAGACUGUGCACAGGCAGUCGUCCGGGAAAUGCUCACAAAAUACGGACUGGAGAAGGCAGAUCCCCUGCACUAUUGCCUGGUUCAGGUCAAUAGCGAUGGAACGGAAUAUAUACUCGACGAUGACGAGUGCCCACUGUCGAUACUCAUGAACCAUCCAACUUCGCGAGGCUCCAUCAUGUUCCAUGUGCGGAGACGUCCAGCUGACUCACAGCCGCGGAGACGAAAGAAGAAACCUCUGGGGGCGGCUAAUGGGGCCAACCACAUAUCCGGCGAUCGUGAGGGUCCCGUCCUGGUGGAAGUGACCCACAGCGGCGAUGGUGGUCGGCGCAUCAAGCUGGGCAGCGAUCCCGUGGAGGUGGGAUCGGCGAACACUAAUUGCCUGCAGCUCUUCGGACCCUCGAUCCAGCCGAGGCACUGCCUCAUUUCGCUGCUGGAGGGCGUAUGUACGGUGACCCCGCUGCACACCGAUGCCCUGACCUUCGUGAACGGUCACCACAUUAGUCAGCCGACCAUUCUGCAUAACGGCUCGGUUGUAAUGUUCGGGCGGGUGGCCUCCUACCGCUUCCUGGAUUCUCCCACGGAUGGACGAUAUAACCUGGCUCUGUCCCAGUCCCAACUGGACUCGGCAUGUCUCUACGAAAGCCGCUCGCCCACAUCCCCGGGAUCGUGGAACGACGAGGAUGGAGCCCUGAGCUCGACCCACAAGAGUGACUAUGAUCACCACCAGCAGUCGAACCAAUCCAGUGCCUACCACAAUAACAACAACAACUCCAGUGACCAUCCCCUGAGCAGCACUCUAAGGGAUGUGGUGGACAGCAAGGGUGGACAGGAUCAGGCCAUCUCUGGCAACUACGAUGGCCAGAGCCUGGAAGGCAAUCUGGAGAACGAGACGAAGUCCAUUUCCAGCAUGAAGUCAGGUGGUUCCAACAGCCAAGAUCGGUCACCCAAAAUGGCCGGCUCUGGUAUUUUGGCCGGAGGCGGCAGCGGUUCCGGCGAUGCCCAGGGACAGGAGCCCAUCCUGCCGGCUGUCCUAGAGUUCCCCGAAACCCAUCAGGAACUCUUUCUGCGUCACAUUAUCAGUGAGCUGGACGUGAAUGUUCCGCACUUUAAGCUGGCACCCGUCUACUCGCUUUACCUGUGUGCCAGAUAUCGAGCGUCCACACACUAUCGCCCCGAAUUGCAGCCAACGGAGCGUGCCCACAAGCUGACCAUGUUUCUGCACCAUGUGGCCAAUCUGGUCUACAGCGUCGUUCAGGAGCAGUACACGGAUCCCCGAAUCCUGGCCUUCUGGAUGGCCAACAGUUCGGAGUUCCUGCACUUCCUUAAAUCAGAUCGACACAUCAGCGCCUUCAGCGUUCAGGCUCAGGAGGUUUUGGCCGAGGCCGUCCAGACCGCGUUUCGCAACCUGGUUAAUUGCUUCCGAAUGGAACUCUCGCAGACCCUCAACCAGUUUCUCUCCGAGAACAUCGACCACGAUUCGGCGGCGGGUCUCGUCCUGACAGUCCUGGGAUCCGCAAUGGCGCUGCUCAGACGCUGCCGUGUAAACGCAGCCCUGACGAUUCAGUUGUUCUCCCAGCUGUUCCACUACAUCAAUGUCAUAUGUUUCAAUACGAUUGUGGCAAAUUCCCACAUGUGCACAGCUGAUUGGGGCAAGGUGAUGACGGAGCGUCUGCAGUUGCUAGAGCUGUGGGCAGAGCGCCAAGGAUUGGAACUGGCUGCGGACUGCCACCUGGCCAAAAUCAAUCAGUGCGCGCAGUUCCUGCAAGCACCGAAGUCCUCUGUGGAGGAGAUCCAACAGUUGGCCUGCUCCUGCUUCCGCUUGAACUCCCUGCAGAUGGCAGCGUUGCUGCAGCAGGAGAAACUGCCUCGGAACCUGGUGGAUACGGCCAUAAGAAUGGCUGAGUCUGUGGCCGACGAGCUGACCCGUGCCGAUGGACGAGAGGUUCGGUUGGAGGAGUCACCUGAACUGCACUUGGCGCUACUGCUACCCGACGACGGAUUCAGCUGUGAUGUGGUGCGAGGCAUCCCAACCGGCCUUGUCGAUUUCCUCAACCCUCUCCAGCAGCAAGGCAUGUGUCGUCUGGCGGCUCAGCCCACCUCGAUUGGUCUGUGGACUGUCUACAUGCAUCAGUUUAAUGCCCGCAGCUCCAGUGCCAUGUCAAACAAGCUGCCCCAGCCGGAGAUACAGCUGAUUAAGCUGCACAAGAACAGCAACGGCAUGGGCUUAUCCAUUGUGGCAGCCAAGGGAGCUGGUCAGGAGAAGCUGGGUAUCUAUAUCAAGAGUGUGGUUCCUGGCGGAGCGGCCGAUGCAGACGGAAGGCUGCAAGCUGGAGAUCAACUUCUGCGCGUGGAUGGACAGAGUCUGAUAGGCAUCACCCAAGAGAGGGCUGCGGACUAUCUGGUGCGAACGGGUCCAGUGGUCAGUUUGGAGGUGGCCAAGCAGGGAGCAAUCUAUCACGGGCUAGCUACGCUGCUUCAGCAGCCCAGUCCGGUCAUCCAGCGUGGUAAUCGACGUAUGUCCGAACGCGAUCUGACGCGGAUGGGCGGCGCCGAGUCAACCAAAUCCCUGGGUCCCUUGAUAGCCAACAGUCAUCCGAAUCAUAGCCUCAGUCUUAGCCAACAUCUGAACAACAGCCACAACAACACCAUAGGCAACAGCAACAAUAGUAGCAUCAUCAAUCCCUUAGCUGCACACCUGCCCAACAGCAAAUCGGUGCCGGCUCUGCAUCACCACACGGGAUCGGGUACCAUAUCCCUGGCCAAUUCCAAGUCACGCAGCACGCACAGUUUGCAUAACAAUACAUCGGGCAUGGGGGGCAUCGGCGGGGCCGGAAUGCUGGGUCAGCCAAACGGAGGUCACAACAAUGCAAAUGGAAACGGCAAUGCCAACGAGCAGGGAUUCUAUCAGAAUCUCAGCGUGUAUCGGGCACAGAAUCAAAGCCAACCGAUUCUGAAUGAAAGACCGCCGAUUGCCGCACAUGCCGCCAUGAGCGCCUACAAUGGCAAUUCCCCGCUUGCGCCACAGCAACAAGCACAGCAGCAGCAACAACAACAACAGCCAUCGCCCUACCAGCAGCAGCAACAUCUGCAGGCCAAUGCUAACCUGCCGCCUACUCGACCCGUCUCUGCCUAUUACCACAGCCAGCAGACGGCCCAGCAGCAACUCCAGCAACAGCAGCAGCAACAACAACAGCAGCAACAGCAACAGCACUCUCUGCAGCAGCAACAGUUCGCACUCAGCAGCAGCAAUCUCAAUGGCCAGCAGCAACAGCAACACCAGCUCACCUUGAACAAUCGCACCAAGAGCCAGCAGAAUUUCCAGCACACCCUGCGCAUGCAGCAGAUGAUGGCACCUUCAAUGCCCAACAUCAGCAACAUGUACCACCACCAGCAGCAGCAACAGCAGCAGCUGCCCUUACAACAGCAACAGCAGCAGCAGCAACCUCUGAUGAGCAGCAGUCAGAGCAUGCAGAAUGUCAACGAUUUCACAGGUGGCUAUCAGAACGGCAGUUUGGAGUACAGACGCAGUCAGCUGCAUGACCCAGCCGCGCUCUAUGAUCUUCAGCAGCAGCAGUUGCAACAGCAACAACAGCAACAACAGCAGCAGCAGCAGCAACAACAAGCUUCGCCUAACUUUAUAGCCUUGCCUCCGAAACCUUUGGGCAGCCUACAGUCUCCCAACAAACCGAAUGCUCCACCAAGUACGGCACCCAAACCGCAGCAGCAACAGCAGCGAUAUCUUGGUCAAUCACUGCUGGCGGAGGACAAGCCCCCAUUGCCACCAACCGCAACCCAUCCGCUAUUCAAGGCAACGCAGCAGAUUGCUCCGGGCAUGAAUUACGUGGCCAGCACCUUGGAUCCACCAAAGGGCAGCUACGUGGCGUCAAACCAAGCAAACAACCGUCCUCUUCACAGCGGAAGUAAUCCCUGGGAAAGGGAGGAGCGUGAAAAGGAUUUGGAGAUGCGGCGCGAACAAAUUCGCCAGUGGCGGGAGCAGCAGAUAUCGGACCUCUCCCAGAUCAUCUCACGUUCUGCUAUGCAAGAAGAGCAAUUGAAAACCUUGAUCCUAGAGCGAGAUUUCGAGCGAAGGGCACAGGAGCUGCAAGAGCAGGAGGAUCAGGAUCAGGAGCAGCAGUAUGACAAGGAGAACGUGCAGGAGCUAUUUAGACUGGCUGGCGGUGGACAAGUCAGUGCCAUACAAACACCCAUCACCAGUUACCGACAGACAGAGAUCAAGCUGGCGGAGAUUACUGACGGCAGCAGUCCGGUGGACUCAGUGCCAGCACCACAGCCACCAGUUCCGGCUGCCCAGCCAUUAAGCAGCAACACCCAGCAGCCGAAGAGCAUACUCAAGCAUAAUCGGUACUCCGAAGGAGGAGUGGGUCCCAGUGGAGCCCCUUCAUCUCCCUCGAAAUCACAGAAAUCCGCAAGCUUCGCGGAUGAGAGGCAUCUGCACACGGAGCAUCCGAUAUCGAAUUUGGCAAAAGAGCUCAAUCAGCUGUCGAUGCUCGAUAAAGAUAAUAACAACGAGACCUUGGAUGCCGUCAUUCCUCCUCCACCUCCACCGGAGAGAAAUAGUUCUUACUUGAUCAUGUCGCAGCAGAAACUGCGGGGCAGCACUGGAAACACCACCUCGUCCAUGGGUCUGCUCAAAACGGCCACUAGUAAUCAGGCAGCAACGGCAACCGUUGAGAUAAAGAAGGCUUCCCUUCUGAACACCCAAUCCAAUAAUAACAACAACUUAAGUGGCAGCUUGAACAAUAACACCAUGCAGGGAUCGCCGCUUAGCGCCAUGGAACUGAAUGCCGCCUAUGUUUCGGCCACUGGAACUGGAAUGGUUGGAGGAUUGGGCACACCACCUCCACCCCCGCCAUUGUUGCAGAGGGACAACAAGCGGGUCAGUUUCCACGAUGAGGAGAACAACUUUGUGAGCGGGAAUAGCCAGCAACAGCAGUUGCAGCAGCAAUACAUCAUUGACAACUAUGGCGUGGAGCAUCAGGACUUGGACACCAUCAGAGAAGAUGCGAGUUAUCUGCAGCACAAUAUUGAUGCCUCCAUGCUACCAUUGAUGCCAGCCACACCCGAUGCAGCCCUCUGGAAUACCUCAGUGCAAUCUACGCCUGGAGUUAUUGGGGCGCAAGAGGUGUACAGAGAUCCUCGCACUCGUCGUCUGGCGGAGAAGCAGCAACAGCAGCAGCAACAACGAGCUGGAGAUGCGGUGCCAGAGAAGCUGUCGUUCAAGGAAAAGAUGAAGAUGUUUGCCCUGGAGUCGGGGGAGGAUAACACGCCCAAGGACAAGCUGAAAAUAUCGCGGGCCCAGCGGGAUAUAGAUGCGGUGCACUAGGACGGAGAGAUCGUUGAUUAGUGCUAUGUACAUACACACACCAGAACCCACAAAGCUUGCAUUCUAAUAUACUGGGGGCCAAGUUGUUACGUUAGCUCUACACAACACACAUAGAUAUUUAGAUCGAGUUAUAUACUAUAAACUGGAGUACGAUAGACAGAAACAACAAACCUAACGAAUUUGCUAAGCAAGGCAAUAACAAUCGAAAGUUAUCGCGUUCAGAGUUAAUUACCACACACAAAAUGUUAACUGAAUUCAAUUAGUGAGAAUUGUCAGUGUAUAUCUUUAUAGUCUAUAUAUACCUAUGUUUAUAUAUGCAAAACUAUAACGAGCCUGGGGGCAACGAAAGCAAGGCGAGCCACAUUUGUAAAGCGUUUUAAACAUUAAAUAUUAAACAUUAAACCUAACCCUACUAUUAACGAUUUGUUACAUCAGAUUACGGCAUACGAUUUAUGGUUAAUGAACAGUGUAAAUGAGCAAAGUAAGAUUAGAUAUACAUAUAUUUACCUGGGAACCGUGCGGAACAAGAAACGUUUAUAUAUAGAUACUGUAUCCAUUAGAGAACUCCAAGCCACAACAAUGUUAAAACAAAUGGUCCAAUUAUUCAAUUAUUAAAGCUAUAUAUAUAUUUACAAACUACGAACGAACGAGUAGUGGAAUAUCCAAAAGUUCACAUAUAUAUUUUUAAUUAUUGCAACCUUUUUAACACAUUUUGAAUGCAACAAAGGCGAAACCAAGAGCAAGUAAAAGUUGUUACUCAAAUAUGCUUAGAGAAUGUACCAAUUUAAAUCAAAUAGGAUAUCACUACACGAGAACCUAAUGGCUUUAAACUAAAUACAAGAAGGUGGCUUCGGCAAGUCGAAGAUUAUAUACUCUUGCAGUUCAAAUCAUGUCGUUGUUAUGAUAUUGUAGUCCGACUUUGGAGAAUCUAUAAAUUGUUACCAUAUUAUAUUAUUAAAAGGAGUUCCUCUCUAGAUUGGAACAUAGUUUGUUUAUCCCCUGACCUUUGGUGAUUAGCAGAAACUAAGAUUUACAAACCGUAAGGAAACUUGAUUAAUUAACAUUAAAUUGUAAUAUAUGUUUAUAACAACUGGUUAAAAAUGAAAUAAGAUCUGCAAGGGUAUAGCAGCAUGCACACCCAUUUUCUGGAUGUCAUGCGAACUUUUAUUGUAGCAAACAAUUUAUUCAAAAACCGACCACGAAGUUGACAAUUUUUUUGUGCAUUCCAAGUAUUUCAAAUCGAAACUAAAUUCUUAUUUUUAAGACGCGAUUUAUUUCUAAUAAGCAACACUAUUUUUUAAAUAAAUAUUAAAAAUCAUAAAACAAAAUAAAUAUGCAAUCGAUGUACGAAUAACUUCUGUAAAAA